AGCGUCGGUUUCUUCCCUACAAAGACUCAUUUGAACUUACCACCGCAGAGCCAGAGCGCCAUAAAUAGUGCUGACAUGUGGCUGUGAUUUCACCAGAAGCAAGGGAAGGGUUAAAAAAAAAAAAAGAAGAAAGUCGGAUGCAAAGUGAACACAUAGAUUAUAGGAAAUUAAAGCCCGGCUGCUGGAUUACAGAGGCAUGAUUCCACCAGCAUAAGCAUCAAGAGGCCAGAUGGAGUGAGAACAAAAAUAUACUGUAUAUAUAUUUAUAUAUGUAUAGUUCGCUCUGCUUUGAAGAGAGCUACGAUUAGAUUGAAUAAUUUAAAUCUGAGCAUCAUCAGCAUCUUUUGGAGCCCCUGCGAGGACUCCAGAGGAUGAAGUGUGACUGCAGCAGGUCAUCAGUGAUGGGAUCCACUGUGCUCAUGCGCCACAAUCUGGAUUUGCUUCUCAUCUCCCUGCUCUGCACGUUCUGCCUGGCACAUGCAGACGAUGUCCUCACUAAAGAGGAGCAGAUAGCGCUACUGUUCAAAGCCAAGCGCAAGUGUGAAAGCAUCAAGUCGAGGCACAAAUUUCCCGAUGGCCACUGCGCGCCAGACUGGGAUGGCAUUGUGUGCUGGCCUGAAGGGGCUUCAGGAAAGCUGGUGUCCACCUCAUGCCCAGAGUACAUCUACGACUUCAACCAUCGAGGACGAGCUUACCGCCGCUGUGACAGCAACGGAACGUGGGAGAUCUCCACGGCCAACAACAAGACUUGGGCCAAUUACAGCGAAUGUGCCAAAUUCCUGUCCCAUUACAACCAGAGCCACGAGAAGGACGUCUUCCACCGCUUGUACCUCAUCUACACCGUGGGCUACUCCGUCUCUCUGGGGUCUCUCGUGGUGGCGGUGGUCAUCUUGGGAUAUUUCCGACGACUGCAUUGCACCAGGAACUACAUCCACAUGCAUCUGUUCGUGUCCUACAUGCUGAGAGCUGUCAGCAUCUUCGUGAAGGAUGUGGUGCUCUACUCGGGCUCCGCCUUGGAGGUGGAAGAGCGCGUCACUGUGGAAGACCUCAAGUCCAUCACCGAGGCUCCCCCGGCCAACAAAGCCCACUUUAUUGGCUGCAAGGCGGCCGUCACCUUGUUCAUGUACUUCCUGGCCACCAAUUACUACUGGAUCCUGGUGGAGGGUCUGUACCUGCACAGCCUCAUCUUCAUGACCUUCUUCUCGGACCGAAAGUACCUAUGGGGCUUCACUCUGAUCGGAUGGGGCGUGCCGGCUAUUUUUGUGAGCGUCUGGGCGACAGUGAGGGCCACUUUUGCAGACACAGAGUGUUGGGAUUUAAGCGCGGGUAAUUUGAAAUGGAUAUAUCAGGUGCCUAUUCUGGCAGCUGUUGUGGUCAAUUUUAUCUUAUUUCUGAACAUCAUUAGAGUCUUGGCAACCAAACUGCGAGAGACCAACGCCGGCAGGUGCGACACGAGGCAGCAGUACAGGAAACUGCUGAAGUCCACGCUGGUGCUGAUGCCGUUGUUUGGUGUGCACUACAUCAUAUUCAACGCCAUGCCCUACACAGAAGUUUCCGGAAUCCCCUGGCAGAUCCAGAUGCACUACGAGAUGCUCUUCAACUCCUUCCAGGGCUUCCUUGUAGCAAUCAUAUACUGCUUUUGCAACGGGGAGGUUCAAGCGGAGAUCAAGAAGUCGUGGAGCAGGCGGACUCUGGCGUUGGACUUCAAGAGGAAGGCGCGCAGUGGCAGCAACACGUACAGCUACGGGCCCAUGGUGUCGCACACCAGCGUCACCAACGUCACCGCCAGGGCGCCGCACGCUCUCCACCUCACCACCCGGCUGGGACCGGCGCCCGUCAACGGACACCGCAACCUGCCGGGAUACGUCAAGAAUGGCUCCGUGUCUGAGAACUCGGCGCCCUCGUCGGGCCAGCAGGAGCUCCACGCCGCUGAGGAGCAGCGCGGAGCGCCGCCUUUGCCGCCCAGCGAGGAAGAGGAGGAUAAGAAGCCUUCGCCUGUGGUGGAGGAGGAGAGAGAGACGGUCAUGUGACCUGUCACCGGGGACCGUCCUAAUAGCAGUGAAUGUCUGACAGUCUAAAAACAGACUGACAUUUUUUAUUUUUUUUUACUUUCUUUACAUCCACUGCCAUUGUGUUCUUGUGGAGACUGAAGUUGCCAGGAAACAGCCUUAAUCCACCUCCAAGGAGACGUGCGAGGAUUUGGUUUAAAAAGACGAGAAAAAUGAAAGGAAAGUUGCUCAGCGUGUUUUUUUUACUUUAAAUAUUAGGAAGCUUUUUUUUUUGUCCAUUGUGAACCUUUCUGCUAAUUAUUGGUCUGAAUGUGUCAAGAAUGACGCCCCCGACACCCGACUUUUUUGUUCCGCAACUUUCACACUUUGUGUCGUCGCUUCUGUUGCAAGUGGACCAAAAAAAAAAAAAAAGAUUUCAAAGAUCCAGUGCAAUCAUGCUGCUUAUUGAUGUACAUACGAGUCACAAUGUUUACAAAGACUUGAUAAUUGUGAGCUAAAGUUGUCGUCUUUUUGCUAAUAUUUUUGUGUAUAUAUGUUUUUGUUGUAUGGGACCAUAUGUACAGACGAGCAUGUAGACAUUCCGCCUGAGAUCUUAAAAAGCUGCCGCUGCACUUACAGUUUAUGGGAACUGCACCUUUUUUUAUUUUGCCUAUCAUUCACAAUCCUUAUGCAAGACAUGGUUUUCUUUUUUUAUGCAUUCUAAAUAUUAAAUAAAUGAAAGUCAACUUACAAGUCGCUGUAUUCUGCCUAUAAAGCCCUUAAAAAAACAUCCAAACACCUCCACAAGGGUUUUAUAUACAUGAUGUAAGUAUAUAUGUAAUGUGGUAGCAGGCACAUGGUUUUCUACACCAAAAUUCAUCUAUUGAUUCAACUUCUUCUUCUUCUCCAGAUUUUGGCACACUCUACCUUCCACAUUUUUCACCCGAUCCAAACCGUUCCAACUUCAAACUGUUCAAGCUAUUCGGGAAUCGCGGGUUUUUCAUGGACAAAAUCCAAAAAUUCCCAGAUUUCCCAGAAUUCCAGGUUUUCUGGGACAUUUUUCCCAUUCAAAAUGAAUUGGCCAUUUUUCAAACUUCCACCAUUUCCACAUUUUUCAACCGAUUAAAACCAGUCCACCUUCAACACAUUCCGCUCAUCCUGGACAUUUUUUAUUUCAAUUUAAUUUUUUCAAGUUUAAAAAAAUUUCAGGAAUUCCCAGAAUUCCCGUUUUUUUCAAACUCUUUUUUCUGGCGACAACUCCUUCCACAUUUUUUAACCCACUUCAACUGUCCAAACAUUCCUCUUAAUCAGGACCAAAAACUAAGUUGUUUUUCGAACUGGAAAAAUUCCCGGUUUUUCCGAAAUUCCAGGAAUUCCUUCAUACCAUUUCUCAAUUAAAAAUUUUACUACAACAUUUAUUGACCGAUUUGUAAAAUUCCAACACCAACCAUUUCAACUCAUUCAGGUCAUUCAAGUUUUUUACCGUUUUCCCAAAAAUUCCCGCUUUUCCCGAAAUUCCCAAAUUGUUGGGAAAUUCCCAUUGCAAUCAAUGGGACAUUCUUCAAAGUUCCACAACUCCCACAGUUUAUCUGAUUCAAAUCGUUCCAACUUCAAAAUAUUCAGCCUGUUUGGGAAUUGUGUGCUGUACUUAAACAAUUAUAAAAACAAUGUCCAGGAUUUCAGUUUAACGUCAACAUUGGAGUAUUCACACGCAAUUCUUUCAGGAAUUGCUUCAUCUAGUAUUUAUGUAAUAUUUUGAUCAUUUUAAGCAUACGGCACAUUAUUUUCAUAGAUGCCUCAGAAGGUUUACUUUUUCCUACGACAACAUCACUGAUACGACAACAUCCCUGAUUAAUACUCACUGCAGAUUUCAUGAGAUUCAACAAACAUAAAAACACAUCACUUACUGUACAAUGUCUGCUUUCACUGGGAUGCCGACUGCUAGGAUGUUCCUAUAUUCCUGUUUAGGUGAAAAAUUACUUAUAAUCCUCGCCAGAAAAAGGGCAGUUGAACCCAGCAUCUUUUCAUGUCCAUCCAUCCAUCCAUCCAUCCAUUUUCUACCUCUUAUUCCCUUUGGGGUCGCGGGGGGCGCUGUAGCCUAUCUCAGCUACAAUCGGGCGGAAGGCGGUGUACACCCUGGACAAGUCGCCAUCUCAUCGCAGUCUUUUCAUGUCUUUCUUGCCAAUUUCGGGUCUAAAUUGGAUGCCAAAGUUGAUUAACUUGUCGGAUUAUGUCCUCGGCCUUCUUCUUUCAAGGUGAGAGGCAUUAUUUAUGCUCUAGAUUCGAAUAAACUUUCACAAGCUCUAAGGUGAGAAAGCAGGUCACCAGCUGAUGAUGUCAUCAUAGCUACACAAGCUGAUCACGACCCCGCUAUAAAUAGUUUGCCUGCGCUUAUGAUGAUAAUAAUAUUACUAAUACUUGUUUGAUAUUCAAGUCACAAAAUGUCAAUGGAGUAUUGUUGACGCUUUUUGGAUGGUUAUUUAGAGGGCUUUAUUGGUUAUUGGAAUAGAUGACGUCCCCUUGACUCCAUUGUAAGCGGACUAUUUACGUUUAUUUUUGUGUUAGAAUGCACUAAAAAAACAAACAUCUUUUAGUCUCUCAUGAUGAUUGUGAACGAUAGGCAAAAUUUUAAAAAAAAGUGCAGUUCCCCUUUAAGACUUGGUUUAACUACAGAGGAAACCAAUGAGUAGCUUUAAAUGGUUCAUCAGUUUACACCACCAAAAAGUCUUAAUUCUGGGUUUUGGAAAUGGACUUUUGAGUUGUUUUGUUCUUUUAAAAAAGCGCGUUUGAGCCCUGAAUGAAGAGGACAUUACAAUAUUUCCAUAAGAACCAAAGCAGGGCUCAACAGAAAGAUCUAAAUUGUCUGGAUUAAAAAAAAAACCUUGUGUUGAGAUGAUUUAGUUAAAUUUUGUACUAAAAAAUAUAGUGAAACCUAACAUUUUUAACUGAAUUACAUCAGAUGUGUUUUAAUGAAGAAUCUUUUUUGCGAUAAAAGUUUUGCGAAACUUUAGGCGCCUUGGACAGCAAAGUAGUAUUUUUUCUGAAAAUGGUUUGAAUUUCAAAAUGUUCCACUUAAUGAAUAUUUUCCCUAUAAUUAGUCAGACUCUGAGAUGUAUGAAUUUAGUAUUAUUUAAAUUUGGAAAUGUAUUUUUCUCCCUUAAAUUGAGUAAUACUCCUGAGAACCAGUGUCCUCUGCAGUGGACAUCUGUGUUUUUUGCAUAAAGGUAAAAUGUGAAACUCGGACAAGAAAGGAAGCAAACACACGUUUCAGAGAAUACUGGUUCUCAGGAGGAACAUGUGGUUUACUGUUAAAUGUAUGUCAAAUCUGGAGGUCUGUUUUUUUUUCCACGAUCUAAGGUUGAACUCCAAAAUGCACAACUUUUCAGUUUAGAGGUGUUUGUUGAACUCCAAAAUGUAGGACUUCAGGAGCAUUUAAAUUUGGACGCCUAGUUGUACACUGGAUUUUGGUUUCAGCUCUGAAAUGUUCAACUUUAGAAUCAUAAAUUUCUUGAAUAUGUCGUUGAACUCCAAUGUAUCACCUCAGGUGUGUUCAAAUGUGGAAGUCUAUUUCCCCUCAAAAUUGGAUUGAACUCUAAAAUGUUCUACUUUACAGUCAAUGAUCCUGUUUUCCUGCUAAUUGUGGUUGAACUUAGACUAUUCUCUCUAUAAAAAAAUAUGUUCAGCCGCAAAAUGUAGUUGGACUCUAAAAUGUACAACCUUGUAGGCCUGUGGUGUCAAAGUCAAGGCCCACAGUCCAGAUCCGGCCUGCGAAUGAAUGAUCUAUGGCACCCGGGAAGAUAUUUGAUUAUUAGAACCGGCUCGCAGGCCACAGCCGCCUGCUGCUGUUUUGCACGCACCAAUACUCCAUCAGUGUUGGCGCUAGGAAUUUGCAAAAUGGGGGUCCCUGGGACCCCAUCAAGGCAUAAAAAUGGGGUCCCACAGUAAAUGUUUGGGGUCCCACUAUUUUGUAACCGUUUUGAAAACAAAUGAUAAAUGUAUGCAUUAUCCUGUUAUAUCUCACAUUCUAUAUUGUUUUGGAAAAAGGUUGUCAUAAACAUUACUUAAUUCAUUUAAAAAAAUAAUAAAAAAGAAAACACAUUUUUAUGCAUAUGCAAAUGUAUUCAGUUGUAAACAUUCAUUCACUUUCUUCUUUCCUUCAUGGAUCUAAACUUUACCGCUGCCGAUAUUUUGUUCUGUAUUUUUUUUGUAAUAUUUUCAGAAUGUGUUUGUUCUAUUUUUGGCGAAAGUAAGACAAAAAAACAAUCUGAAGUUGUCUUUAGUUUUUAGUUUUAAUGCCAUGAUUGUAAUAGUCCGGCCCACGUGUGCACAGAUUUUCCUCCAUGCGGCCCCUGAGCUAAAAUGAGUUUGACACCCCUGUCGUAGGCGAUCGACUAACAAACAGUUUUCCCAAAAAUGUGGUUGAACUCUGAAACACACAACUUCAGGGGCAUUCAACUUUAGAGGCGUAUUUUCCAAAAACAUUUUUGUUGAACUCCAAAAUGUAGGACUUCAGGAGCAUUUAAGUUUGGAGGCCUAUUUAUACACUCAAUAUUGAUUCAACUCUGAAAUGUUCAAAUUCAGAAUCAUAAUUUUCUUGAAUAUGUAGUUGGACUCCAUUGUAUCACCACAGUUGUGUUCAAAUUUGGGAAGUCUACUUCUCCCAAAACAUUUUGGAUUUAACUCUAAAAUGUUCAGAGUCAAUAGACUUGUUUCCCUGCCAAAUUUGGUUGAACUUGGAAGAAUUCUCAUAAAAAAAAGUUUUUCCGCCCCAAAACUUAGUUAGAUUCUAAAAUGUAGGCCAGGGUUCCGGAUGCUGCCCGCCAGCACAAACAAGUUAAAAAAAAAAAGUAGCUUUUUUUAAUUUUUUUUUUUUUUUUUUUUUUAAAUCUGUCCUACCUAAUCCAUUUUCUACAGCUUGUUACUCUCGGGGUCUCCUAGCCGCUCAGGCAAAUCAUAUUGUCUAAAAAUGCAUUUUCCCAUCGAUAACGUGACAUCAUCAGCAAAGUGCGCGCUCUUUCAGUCAAU